GAGGCGGUGCAGGAGGCUCAGGCGCAGGUGACCCUUCUGCAGCAGAAGCUCGCGUCCAACGAGGGCGUGGCUGCUGACCUAACAGCUGCAACCCGCCAGAUAGAGGAUAUUAAGGUGGACAAGCAGGAGGUGGAGCGCAAGCUGCAGGAAGCUCUGCAGGAGGCUUCAGGUCUGCAGCGCGAGCUGCAGGAACGCGACGUGCAAAUCACCAAACUGCAGGAGGGCACGGCGCUGCUGAAGGAUCUAUGCUCGGAGCAGGACGAGCAGCUGGCUCAGCUCGACACGCUCGACGAGAGGAUGCAGCUGCAACGCCAGCAGCGGGAAAAGCUGGAGGAGCAAGUGCAGAGUCUGCAGUGCGAAGUGAAGGCAGCCAAAGCUCAGGUCAACGAGGAGAAGUCUCUGAAGGUUUUCCAGGAGCGGCAGGUUAAGACACUGCAGGCGCAGCUGCAGCAGCAGGAGGCUACGCACCAGCAGGAGCAAGACGCCCUCAACAAACACUGCGACGAAUACGCGGCCAGCAACAGUAAACUGCUGCUUAGGCUGAGUGAGCUGGAGAAGGAGCUGUUCAGCACCGAGGCGACGGUGCAGGCGCUGGAGGAGAGCGCUGAGGUGCAGAAAGAGCAGCUGGAGGCGCUGCAGCAGGAGGCACAGGGACACAUUAAGCACAUCCAGGCCCUCAAGGACACAAACUUUCAGCUAACGCAGGGACUGGAGGAGGCCAUAGAGAAGGGGCAGCUGUACAAGAGGAAGAUGACGGAGCUGGCAGGCCAUCUCGAGGAAGAGCGCGAGGUGAUGCGAGACAAAGAGCUUAGGACGAAGAUGACGACCGAGCAGCAGACGAAGCUGAUAGACUUCCUGCACGCCAAGCUCGACGACAGCAACAAGAAGAAGAGCAGGACGCUGUCUUCCAAGCUGUUCGGUGGGCGUGACAAGGAGAACCAGAGCCUCACCCCCUACAAGUCUCGUUCCCACCUUCCCACCCCCGACAAAUGCACGCUAGCCACCACCCCUCACCCCAACGCCACGCCGCUGCAACACUCCAAGCUCCUCAAGACCUCCUCCACUCCCCCCCAGUCCCACAAAACCCCAUCUACCCUCUUACCCCAGUCCUCACUCAAGCCCCCCGUUGCCAAAACUUCAUCUGCUCAGUUUGCAACUCCCAUGAAUGAGUUCAAGACUCCCAAAGUCGACUUAAGGACUCCCAAAGUUGAUUUCAAGACUCCCAAAGUUGGCACCAGCAAUGCAAGUGUGGCAGCAGGGGCAGAAGGCACCCCCACCACGGGCAGGAGCAGAGAGCUGGCCAGUCGCCAGCGCAUCCGGCACGAUAUCCCACAUAGGUUCGAGCGCAGCAUGAUCGUGCAGGUCGGCCGGUGUUCAGGGUGUCUGUCUAGCGUGCCCCGCGGGAGGUUCGCUUACCGUUGCAGCCACUGCGGUGCGGUGGCCCAUAAGCACUGCACCACUGGGGUGCCUGCGACCUGUGGAUUACCACAGCAACUGGCGCAACACUUCACCCACAACACGCAGACGGCCAAAGUCCUGCAUGAGGGAUGGGUUAAGAUACCCAAGGCCAGCAAAGCCUGCUGGGAGUUCUGCUUCACCAGGCUGCUCUCCAACGGAGACUUGCUGGUGUUCGAUCACGAGCCUAGCGACGCCGGCGACUGCAGCCUGGCUGCUCCACCAUCUUGCAACGCACCUACCUCUGCAGCAGGUGUUUCAGAGCUGCAGCCUACCUCCACCAUCUCACUGUGCGUGCCCAACUGCAGGCUGGAGGUGGUGUCUGCUGUGCCCAGGUCGGAGAUACCAGCUACUUCUACCGUCGACCUGCCAUAUGUGUUCAAGGUGGACGUCCUGCGCGGCUACCAGCAGUCCAUCGAGCGCCUCUACCUCAUGACGAGUAACUUCGAGCAGAAGCAGCGCUGGGUCGCCGCCCUUGAGCAUGUCGCCCAACAGUGUGGUGACAGCGUGAGCGUGACAGGCGACAGCAACGUGAGAGUGCUGCCUCUACUGCAGCUACCAGCAUCUUCCCUCACCCCCAACACACUCAUCUUCAUCCAUGAUGACGUGUGCCUGCUGGGGUGCGAGGAGGGACUGGUGUCCUGCAGCGUGGAGGGGUCGGGAGAGCUCCUGAAGAAAGCGCGGCUGGGGAGCCUGAGUGCCGUGCAGCAGCUCCUGGACAUACCCACUGCCCAGAGGGUGGCUGUUAUCGCUGGGGAGGACCGUAGCGUGUACUUGCUGCCCCACGCGACGCUGCUGGGGGCGGCCCGCCACUGCAGCGCCGACGAGCCCAACGUCCCCCACGAGGCCGUGGCUGCCCUCAGCGGCGUCAGGUGCCACCUGCUCGCCACUGGCGUCACCACCAACGGCGCCACCUUCAUGUGUGCCGCUGCUGAGGACAGGGUCAGCAUCUUGGUCUGGGACACAAGCAGCAGCCAGCUGCAGGUGGUGCGGCAGUACGGCACCCAGGAGGCCUGCACCAGCUGUCUCUUCACGCCAGCUGCCCUCAUCGUAGCCGCGGACAAGCUCUACGAGAUCGACCUCACCAGCUUCAGCAUUGAAGAGUUCCUUGAUGAGAGCGACACGUCGCUGGCGUAUGCGGUCUACGGCACCGCUCGCCUCAGCUCUUAUCCCCUGGCCAUACUGCAGGUGUCGGAGAGCGGCAAGUAUGGCGAGUUUCUGAUCUGCUUCAACGAGUUCGCUUUGUUUGUGGAUCCUUACGGCCAGAGGUCCAGGGAGCACGACAUCAAGUUCACCAGGGUGCCCAUUGCAAUAGAAUACUGUGACGGGAAGCUCUAUCUUCUGCACUCCAACUGCAUUGAGGUGCUCAGGAUCACCAGUGACAGUUUCACCAAGGUGACGUCAUCACAGACUGGCUUGGAUGGGCCUGAGUUUGACUCGAGCAGCCUGGGUCCCAGCUGCCUGUCCGCCUCUAUGGCCCUCAGCCAGCCUCACCUGAUCGGCAAGCGUGCAGGCGGAGUGGUGGUGCGAUGCGAGGGCGAGCAAGGGUCGCUUGACGUGCUGCAGCUCACUGCAGAGUUCCCCUCCGCUGCCCUCAGCGGCUCUUGGUCCAGCCUGCCCAGCGCCAUCACCACUGCGUCGUCCGACAUAGCGGACAUCACGAGCGAGACGUCGGGAAGUCACAGCGUCGGCGAGAAGAGGAAGCAGGACGGCAAACCCGCGGCAUCCUCCUCCGCCCGUGCCUCAGCGGCCCCCGCCAAGCGCUCCAAGCAAGACCUCGCUCACUGAGCUGACCAGGACGCUACACGUUUACCGUUAACACUAACCCGUAGUUAGACUUUAUAAUGCCUCAGAGAAGGUCAUCUUUUUUUUCGACAAAGCUUCAAUUCCUGUAACCUUUCGGGUGGUCAUGAACGAGUACCUAGUAAACUCUGACGCCGGUAGUGACCGCAGUUUCUGUUUCCAGUGCGGGUAUCCGCUCGGUUUUACUCAAACAAGAUGGAUAUAGAGUUUAAUCCAACAAUAAGAUAAGAUCUUGAUUAUUCCCACCUUUUUCAACUCUUUCUCACUGAUGAGAGAGUGGGAAAAGAUGUGAGCACGUGUUGAGCGAUUGUUUAUCCACCAUCAGCAGAAGCACUUGCUAAUAGUAGAAGAAAUUGUGUGUAGACCCUCGAUUAGCCUAUUUUUAUUCGAAUUUUGUUCGUUGUACUCGUUUUAAUGCAGCAAAUGUAAUGUACCAAACUGAAAAUAUUCUAGGGUUCUUUGGCAUUUGAUGCUUUCUUCAAUCAACUCUAACCAUCAGUUACGCAGAUAUCGACCCGAAGUAUGCAGGUUUAAAAUCCCAAGCGUUAUCCCUCUUUGCACGGAUAUCAGUUCAUUAUCCCUUCUAUUUUAAUCCCUCAUUACACGUCUGUUCGUUCUUUAUCCCUUAUGUGUUAAACAUUUAACAGGAGUUCUCCAGUGCUUGUUCAUCAUAAGUAUUCAGAUAGACGCUAAUUAGCUUCUCAUCCAGUCUCGGUAGGUGUGAAGCGUGAAACUCGAGUACGCUUAGAAUUAGUAUGAAGAGUUAUAUAAUGCAAUGGCCACUUUGGUCGCUCCUUGCCAGAAACCUUUAUUCCUC